AUGAAUUCCUCACGGAUUGUCGUCACCUUGCUUCUCAUAGCGCUGGGAUCUGUGACGGCCAACAAGGGUCUGCGAGGGCUCCAAGGGGGAGUGGUGUGUGGUGAUGCGGCGGCCGAAUGCGAUUAUGACGACAGUGGCGAAUUGGUGUGCGAGGAAUGCGACGACGGUCGGGUUCUUUUGCCAUGCAUCGAUGAGUCCCAUUGAGUCCCGUCAUCCGUCACUCACUCAUUCAUUCAUUCGGAUGUGGUGCGUGUGUGUCCUGGUGUUCUGCAGGAAACAAACAAACUGGCGACGGAUGCAGCCCUGAAUGUACUUACGUAUCUGCAUUAUCAUAUGUGUGAAGACAUAUACCUAUCAUCUACCUGCACGCAGGCACAAUCGAGCCCAAUCAUCGUUGCUUCGUCCAGAGAGAUCCGUCGCAUUGCUGGAGCGUGUCGUGUCCUUGUGAGAGCGUCAUGCAUAUCAAGACCGAACAAGAGGUCGCAUUUGGGGAAUUAGAGUCCUAUCUCACACACACACACACACACACAGACAGACAGAGACACCAUUCACCAAAGUAUGUGUUUGGGAUGUGUUUGUGUGCAUGUAUCCAUGAAGCUGGAGCUCUAUUACACCGGCUCGCCCGUUGACAACAAGACACGGACAGCCGCGGAUCCCAGUGACUGCGCAGCACAAUGCCUGGCCAUCGAGGCGUGCAGAGUGUUUGCGUGGGCCGAGGAACCAGAUGAGUUGGUGGAGCCGAAGUGCCAUCUAUUCAAGGACAUGCAAAUGUUAAAAGACUGGACGGGCUACACCUCAGGCACCAAGCUGUGCGCUCCAGGGCCAUGUGGUACGUACACAGAGGUUUCUUGGUCAAGUAGAUGUGUUUCUACGUAUGCGUAUGCGUGCAUACUUUUGUGUGGUGUGGGCAUGGUCUGUGUGUUUCUUCAGCCACCACCACCCCUCCGACCACCUCUACAAGCACGUCCACAUCCACAGGUAAGUGCGUACGGAUAUCACACGUACGGACUGUCCCCUGUCUGUCUGUCUAUCUGUCUGUGUUGCGCUGUCUCUCUACACUUGCCCUUACUGUGACCACAGCUGCGCCCACCACCACGACCAAGCCGACUACAAAGACCCCGACGACCACGACGGCCAAGCCCACUGCUCCACCUGCUCAGCCGCCGGCUGAAUGUGCCAAGCCGGAGGGACCCGUGCUCGAGUGGCUCUUUGAAGGCGAUGGCGACCAGAUCCUCGACACGUCGGGCGCAGGCCAUCAUGCGCCUAUCCAUGAGGGCACUCGCAUCUUCGACACUGAGAGAGGCGGCCAAGUGCUGGCGUUGUCGCAGCCCCACAGCUCCAUCAUUGUGUCCCUCUCGCAAGCGCCGAAAGCUGGCGGGCCCUUCACAGUCUCAUUUUGGCUGUACCCGACCCACUUCGCAUACACGUGAAACAAUGUAAUCACCAAAUCCGACUCAGUCUCCACCGACCAGCUAAAGCUUCUGUGUGGCCUUGUGUCACUUAUGCAGUACGUCGGUCCGGGGUGGGGCGUCUUUUUCUUCCGAUCGAAGUCUAACGGCGUGAUCAACAUCGGCACGACGAAUGGACAGCGUUUCACUAAAAAGGAAUAUGCGCCCGGCCUCGUCGAAGCCGACAAGUGGACGAUGGUGACAUUCUCGCAAGACGCCGAGGAGCUGUGUCGCCUCUACUUUGACGCGGAGCUUAUGGGAUCGAAGGAUAUGAAUGCGACGGGCGAGUGGACUACCCCUACCCGCUUCAAGCUCAAGAGAGUGGGCGGUCGCAUCGAUGACGUGAUGCUGGUCGAUCGGCAGCUCAGUGGUGAGGCGGUCAUGCAACUGUACCAAGGCUGCCGUAUGCCAGCUACCACACCAAUACCCAGCACAACAACAACGACUCGUAAGCCUGCGACCAGCUCGACCACGAGCACCAGCACAGGUCAGAGACACCAUCAAUCCACUGGUCCAUCGACGGAAACCAUGUGACAACAUGUAUAAUGCCGUUGUUUGUUCAUGGAUGUACUCGCUCCUACAACCACAGCUGCGCCCACCACCAUGCAACUCACAACCACAGGUGAGUCGCAACGAGCGAGCAAAGACAUGGUUCUGCACCGCAUUCUUGAAUAAGUGAGCAGUUUCAUCAGUUGGUGGCCUUUAUUUGUUUCCUCUCAUCUGUCCAUGCAGCUCCUCCUACGACCACAACAACGGCCACAACAAGCACCAUCACCACAGGUACGUCAGGUUCCUCUCAGGUAGAAACCAUUUUUCUGCGCGCGUUGUGUAUAUAUAUGUACAUUUUUAUCUGACUGCCCGUCCAACUACAGCAGCGCCGACCACUACACAGCCAACAACCACAGGUGAGAGAGUCAGGCAGGCUAAAGGCAGCAGUCAGCCACUUGUGGGGAAUCUUGUUUUUCUUCCGUGCGUCGCGUCUGCUUUUCUGUCAGUCGUUCCGUCCACCACGACCACCCUCAAGCCGACCACCAAGCCGACCACUCCUCCCACCGAGCCCCUCGAUGAUUGCGUGCGGCCACCAGGUGCAAUCCUUGUGUGGCUCUUCGAAGGAGAAGGAGACGAGAUCACCGACAGCUCUGGGCAGGGGAACCACCCAUCGAUCGGAGACAGUACCAGAGUGUUCGAUGAGGAGAGAGGCGGUCAAGUCCUGUCAGUACGUAAGGGGCACCAGCAGAUCCGUGUGUCGCCCGUGUGGGGCCUUCCGGCAGGACAUCCCUUCACAGUCUCGUUCUGGAUCAAGGUCUGCUGAAUAACCAAACAAGAACACGGGCAUGACAAGGGCAUACACAUGAUCUUGCCUGUCUGUCUCCUUCAGCCGCUCGAUUACGUGACAGCAUCAAAGGCUAGCAACAGGGACUCAAUAGGAGCGUAAGAAAGGGAGCGGGACAGACGAGUGAACAUAAGUUGAUCGUUUGUGUGAUCCCACGCAGCGGAUGGGGCACGUUCCACUUCAGAGGUACACAUCACACCCAGACACAGACAUACCUGCCAGCAUGAAUGGUCUCUACUGUAGUCACGUCGGGAAUGGGGGGGGGGGCAACGGCAUACACGUCGGCAUCAAGUAGGCAGCCAUGCAUCAGGAUUCAGGAGCAUCAUCCAUCGAUUCAUUGCAUAUGCAUGCUGCUCUCUUCAUCUGCGUGCGUACAGCGAUGCGCCCGAGAGAUACAAUGCGUACGCAUUACACAGACGGGUUCUCGUGCACUCAUUAUCGUUGCUUUUCGACGUGUGCAGCGACGAGGCUGGGUACCUCACCCAAGACCAAUGGCUGA